AUCUGUCCUCAACACGCGCUCCCUCCAGACAUCCACAGGCAUCUGAUAUAUCUGUUAUUUUGCCUGCGCGGCGUAUGCGCCUCUUAAGGUUGCCCCUCUCUCGACAAGAAGUCAUUCUUUACCCCAACUCUUCGUCUAUUCUGAUGCUCAUUUAGCGCUACAUAUCGGCAUUAUCGAAGCUACCUUCGUUCUCCUUCACGCGCAAAAUCUCCCAUCCUAAACGCGACCCACAGAGAAAGAAUGUCGGCCUUCCUUACCGAUCUCUUCCAGUCCAUCUUCACCCCAGGCCCCACCCCCACCCUCCUUGUGGCAACAAAUGUGGCAUUUGCUUGCCUUCAAGGGGUUCUUCUCCUCCUCCUUGUCGCAACAUAUAGCAUCCAUUUUGCCAUACUCUCAUCCCUGAGUGCUGGUCUGUGGUGGGCUAUCAACUGGUUCGUAGCCGAGCUGAAGGCAGCACAAGCGGCAGAGGACGAGAGGAAGCGUCGUCUAGAAGAGUGUGGGCCCGGGGACGACACGGAAACAGAGGCAGAGACGGUGAUAGAUACAAGGGAGCCCAUGCCGGGCAGCAAAGAGGUCGAAGUAGCCGAGAGGAAGGGCGAGUUGAAGGACCGUGGGGGUUCUGGAGGGAACAAGUCGGAGAUCAGCACUGAGGACGAGUGGGAAAGAGUCUCGGAGAGUGAAAAAGAUAAGUGAGUGAAGACGAUGAAUGGAGAAAGGGAGAAAUGGCUGUACCUUUUAUCAUAUACCCAGAAAUGUCACGAGAGGUGUUGUGCUGGCUGCAGUGAACCACAAAUGGCGGAUGCAGCGCCCUCUUUGGUAGAAGAUGGAGAGAAAGAGCGAUGGCUCAUGGAUAUGAAUGAACAGACUUUCUUUUGCAACUCACUUCGCUUCGGUGGAGACAUUCCACGAAGCCCUUGGAGAGUGGCCUCUUUGGUAGCAAUCACGUGAUUCACCGUCUCUCGCGAAUUUCAUGAACGGC